UACCACUUUUCCGUCAGUCGAUUGUCAACAUUCAGUACGAUCAGACUCAUUAGGUUAAUUUUUAGUUAACAACAAAGGUAAUUAGUUUUAUUUUCAAAAAGUACAACAAACAAAAUUAAGAAACAUAAUGACAACUUUCAAGCAAGUUCCUCUCACAUGCGGUGGCCAUACUAGACCAGUCGUGCAUUUGGAUUUUAGUGACGUUACAAAAGAUGGAUAUUAUUUAAUUUCGGCUUGCAAAGAUGGCAAGCCCAUGUUGCGGCAAGGUGAAACUGGUGACUGGAUUGGCACAUUUGAGGGUCACAAAGGAGCAGUGUGGGGGGUGGCUUUGACACAAAACGCUAGUCUUGCUGCAAGUGGAGCGGCUGAUUUUUCAGCAAAAAUAUGGGAUGCUCGAUAUGGUGAAGUGGUGCACACAUUUGACCACGAGCACAUAGUUAAGAGUGUUAAUUUUAAUGCUGAUGAUACACUACUACUUACUGCAAGUAAUGAGAAACUCAUACGAGUUUUCGACCUCAACAAACCGGAAGCUGGAGCUUUAGAGAAAAUAAGUGCGCAUACAAGUAGUAUCAGACACGCAGUGUUCCUACACAACUCACGCAUAGUCAGUGUGAGUGAUGACCUCACGAUGAGGGUAUGGGAUCGUACUAGCGGCCAGGAAGUCCAGAAAGUAGAGUUCCCAACAAUACCCAAUAGUUUAGAAUUAUCAAGAGACGGAGCUAUACUGACAGUAGCUCACGGUACAAAUGUUUCAUUCUAUUCUUCUGACACGAUGCGCAAGAUGCGCGAAUUCCCAGUGCCAACGAAAUGUUAUUCAGCGUCGCUCGCGCCUAGCAGAGCCACAUUUGUGUGCGGCGGCGAAGACUUGAAAGUCUAUAAGUUCGAUUAUAAUACUGGAACUGAACUUGAGUCGAACAAGGGCCACUUCGGGCCUGUGCACUGCGUGCGCUGGUCCCCGGACGGCGAGCUGUUCGCGACGGGCUCGGAGGACGGCACGGUGCGGCUGUGGCAGGCCGUGCCCGGCCGCGUGUACGGCCUGUGGCGCCGCAGCAACGACCACGCGCCGCUGCUCAACGGCUUCAAGGAGGUGGCCGCCAACUGAUAGCCCGCACGCACACUUAUGGGUCCAGGAGCAGUGACAGUGCAAUCAAAAUUGAUCACUUGGUGGCAUCACUGUGUUGUGGUGUAUUUGUCACCAGGCCAUGUGUAUAAUGAACUUAAGGGGGGACUAGCCUGAAAAAUCAAGACUUUUAAGUAUUCAAGGUAAAUUUUAAGAGUUUGUGUUGUUUAUUUUUUUGCAACACUAAUUUUUUAUACUCAGACCUAAUGUAUUUAUUGUAAAAAGGAACUAAAUAGACUUGAUAUGCAACAAAAUAAAGUAAUUUGUAAAUAUUUUACGA